AUGAGCGCAUACCGUUCCAUUUAUACCGUGUUUACAUUGGGAAUACAAAGUGUGCUAUUCAUCGGAGCGUCGGGUCUUCUGUUUGUGGGUCUCGUGAAGGCAAGCAAUCACUCGUUAAUUAAGUCCAAAUGGCUACUGGUUCCCUGGAUAUGUCUGGCAAUUCUCGAUAUUCUCAUCAAUUUUUUCAUCUCAUUCAUGGAAUUGACUUUAACUAGUCGGACUUAUGGUACUCCGUGUAUAAUACCGGUGGCGGGAAUGGCGGUCACUGUUAUGGUUUGCGCUGUUCUGCUGUACUGUUUAUUAUGCGUUUUCGCACAAUUCUUAAUAUACAAUGGAAAGGAUAGUCCCAAACCGGAGAACCCAAACGAAGAGCCCAACCAUUUCGACAAUCAUAACGUGCUGUCCGUACCCCAAAUCUAA